AUGAACGGUCGUGAGCCUGCACUACUGAAUGGUUAUGUGAGAAGUUGUCCCAGAGAAGGAUCAACGGGUGGUUGCUCAAGUGGACAUACUUGCCAAAAGGCUACCAAUGGGCUGCUAGUCUGUUGCAGCAACUCCUACUCCAGAAGUGAAAUAAAAUCUGCUAAUUCAGAUAUUUGUCCGGAAAACAGACAACCAGUGCUAACUCCCGGUACAAACGAACUCGUCUAUUGCGAUCAGACCGCUUACAUCUGUGCUGAUGAAAAAGCUUGCCUGCCAAAAAUCAAAAGCGAUCGUUAUGUGUGCUGCUCAGAUAUUCCUAAAUGUCCUGAAGGAAAUGCGGAAGUUGGAUUUGGAGAAGUGUUAAGAAAAUGUACGAACUCCCUGGAAUGCAGUCCGGGCAAUGUAUGUAAGCCAUCUAACGUUGACGGUGUUCACCUGUGUUGCUCAGCGGGAGCAAUUCCAGCAGGAGAGAUCCUCACCUCUACUGCUAUGACUGAAAUAGCAAGGGUUGAUGGCACUGAAUGGGUAGUCAUUGAAGGCUAA